GAAUGAGUCUUCCAGAUUUUAAACUUCAGUCUCUAUUCUACUUUCGUAGCUUGAGUACCUUCUGCACAGUGUUCCUGAUUAUCUGUCAACUCGUCUCAAAUAUAACAUAAAAUUUGGGAGCGAGAAUGAUGGGAAUCGAAUUUGCCAGUUUGCUAGUGCUUAUCACUGCUGCAAUAUCGCAGUCAUCCUCAUUGUAUACUCCCACAAAAUAUGAGGAUGAAUUGAUAGCGAAAGUUGUUGGCUACCGGUUACCGAACAAUACAGUACCAAGGUUAUACACGCUGAAUCUGGAACCUCAUAUUGACGACGAAGAAUUCACUUUCGAUGGUACCAGCAGCACUGUCUUUGAAGUGCUUGAUCCAACAUGGAGUGUAACUUUACAUGCAUCGACAUUGAUUGAAAUCGAUAAAACGUACACGACCCUUAUCCACAGUGAUGGUACAAUUGAGAAACCGAUUUCUCAAAGGUACAACGAAAAUCUUCAAUUCUUCAACCUGCGAUUCAGUCAUUUAUUGGAGCUUGGUAAUUACACGGUGAAAAUGAAAUGGAAGGGACACAAUUCUGCAUCUUUGCGAGGAUUCUACCGAGCUGAGGAUGUGAAUACGUAUGGAGAUACUCUAUACAUGGUAGCAACUCAUUUCGAACCCCUAGCAGCCCGAGCUGCAUUUCCCUGCUGGGAUGAGCCAGCACUGAAAGCUGAAUUUGAAAUAUCCUUGAAACAUUACAACAAUUAUACAGCACUAUCAAAUAUGCCUAUAAAAGGACAAACGUCAACUGAUGAUGGGAAGAUUUGGACGAGCUUUCAGAGAUCUCCAGUCAUGUCUACUUACCUGGCAACAUUUGUAGUAGCCCCUUACACUAAUCUUGCCAAUGAUCAUGGAAAUAUGACAUUCUGGGUUCCGUCAGAUAAACUGGCAUCUGCUACAGUUGGUUUCGAACUUAGUCCGAUGAUUGUCAGCGCGUUAGAAAAUUAUACCGGAUUUCUUUAUUCUUUACCUAAAUUGGACGCUGUUUACGUUCCUCAGUACUCCUCUGCAGCUACUGAACACUGGGGUCUCAUCGCCUAUUCGAAGUUUAUUUUAGUCGAUCCUGAUGUUGGCACUCAUCAGGAGCUGAAACGUGCCAUAUUAUUAGCAGCCCAUGAAAUUACUCACCAGUGGCUAGGGAAUUUAGUUACCCCUGCAUGGUGGGGUGAUCUUUGGUUGAGUGAAGCUUUUGCUGUAUUCUUGGGAACCAAAAUAGUGGAUAAUGUAAUCCCUCGAUUUCACGCUAUGGACCUCUUUGCUGUUGAAACAGUUAAUGAUGUAUCAUUCACGGCAGAACGAUUUUACGCCAAACCACAUCCGAUUAGAUGGGUACCCAAUUCUGAGCAGGAAGUUUUUGAGAUGUUCUCUCCAGUGACUUAUCGGAAAGGAGCCGCUGUAGUGCGGAUGUUGGAGCACAUAAUAACCGAAGAAGCAUUAUGUCUUGGCAUCCAAAAAUACGUAGAUAAACACCAAUUUGGUUCGGUAGAAACAAACGAUCUAUGGCGAAGUCUUCAAGAAGGCUACAAUGAGAUGAAAGUACCACCUCACUUGAAUAUAAAAGAAAUAAUGAAUCCUUGGGUGGAACAAACAGGAUAUCCACUGCUGAAGGUCACGCGGGAUUACAAAACAGGAAUUAUUAGUAUCACACAAUGUGACGCCAACAACCCAGAAUCAGGGAAUCUUUGGACGAUUCCCAUAAACUAUGCAACAACUUCACGACCGAAUUUUUCAUCCACUCGACCAAUGCACUUUAUGCGACGUGCGAAUCAUAGUCUCGUACUUGAUCGAAUCGAUAGAAAUGAUGGGAUAAUUCUGAAUAUUCAACAGACUGGAUUCUAUCGUGUUGAUUACGACUGGGAAAAUUGGAAACGUAUCAGUGCAUACUUAAACUCGGAAAAUUAUCACAAAAUCCACGUACUGAAUCGUGCACAAUUGCUCCACGACGUCGUAUAUUUUUCUGAAAGAGACGAACGCUAUUAUGAGUUAUUGAUGGAUAUGGCUAUGUACUUACGUAGAGAAACAAAUUUUCUACCUUGGACAGCUAUUGAGGAAGUCAUAUACCAAUUAGCAUUGCCUUUCAUGAAUACGGCCACCUUCGACUUCUUCAGACAUUUUGUCUUACGUAUUAUGAACAACAUAAUAGAUGAGAUUGGAUUCGAAGAUCGUGUAUUUGACAAUGAUAACUUGGUUUAUUUGGCUAGGGCUCGACUUUUGCCCUUGGCAUGUAAUUUCGGCCACGAGGGAUGCAGAGCCAUAGCCCCUAUAAAAUUGAUAGAGAUGUUAAAUGGCAAAAUGAAGAAAUCAUUUCGUGCUCAGCAUAAAGGAUGGAUAUACUGUUCUGCUCUAGCUGAUGCCAAUGAAACACUGUGGGAUCUGGUGAUGAGUGCUCAUUGGGCAAAUCCUCUUGAACACCAUGCAUUCGAAGCUCUGGGAUGUACGAAGAAUCAUCGUUUGAUUAAAAAAUAUCUUGCCUUAGCUUUCGCUGAAAAUGCUACGCUAUUGACUCAUGAUGUGUAUGAUGCAUUGCACUCAAUGAUUACGGGGCCUGCACAAAACUACGAUUUUGCUCUUGAUUAUUUCAUUGAGAAUAUUGAUGAAAUACGUCAAUAUCUGAACGUGAGAAAUUCGACACAAGAAAUUUGGUAUCUUUAUCAGGAGUUUGCUCGGCUUACCAAAACGCUGAAUCAAUUUGAAAAGUUGACAAAAUUCCUCAAUAAAGAAACUGAAGAAGGAAAGAUCAACAACAUCAGAGAACUUAUCAACAGCGCAAGGGAUUCCAUGAGGCGUUCGGAAAAAAUAUCUGCAGUGUUUAGUUCCAUUAUAAAAAAGAAACCAUACCUUGUGAAUUUCGUACAAAAUUGAGAUCCGGAGGAGAAUCAAUGCACAUCACAUUAUUAUCAAGGUCAAGAAUUCGACUCCAUGAACUCCAUGAAAAUAAUUAUUUUAACCCUCGAGUGGUGGCAGCUUGCGUAUGAUUUAGCGGGGAUUCCCCCGCUUAAGGGUAGACGAUACAAUGCAUUAAACACCGAAAGAGUUAAACUCACUGAGUGUAUCCAAAAUAAUAUUCAGAAUGUGUAUCAAUCAAUUCCAUGAUCGGUCAACAAGUUCUGUCUCCUAACGGGAAAUCGCAUGCGAAAGCAAUCCUUUAUAAUUUGUUCGAUGUUUUCUUUGUAAUUGAAAAAUAGAGUUGUUAACUCCCUGAAGAUAUCUUGUACAAGACGAUUUUGUAGCUUUAGACAAUGAACUCAUCCACUUAGUGUUAGGAUCUUAUCAAAUAUGAUCCUGUGUCAUCUACUCCUCCUAUUUGCAAGACACGCCAUACAAAACACCAUUAGCAUAGCAGAAAGAACCACCCUGAAUAAAAUGACCCGACUAAGAUACCCAGAUAACUCUCUUCACAACCCGUCAAACGGACUCCUAUACGAGCACACGAAAAUAAAAUCAGUCACCGGCAGACUUAAUCGCGAUACAAUAUCCCACAAACACUCUCCUUUAAGAGCUGAAAAAGAGUUAAACAGCAUUCUGAGGACUCGGACACCUAAAGAGAGCUCGCGCACGUCAGUGACUAAUUGAAAGCCCUCUGGACAACUUAUCUAUCACGCCAUUUCCAAUCAGGUCUCACCAUCAUUUAUCAUUACACAAAAAUGUAGGACAAACAAUGUAAAUAAGAUCUUGUUUGUAUUUUAUAUACUGAUUUAUAUGUAUAUAUACAUAUAUACUUAGGGUUAAACCGCACCCUCAAAUUUAAUGUCCAAAAACGAUUUGUAACUCCCCGGCUGCAGGUCCCCAGGCCUUGCAACUAAUCACAUUCAAAGUAAUUAAAAUGAAUCAGACUCUCUGUGAAA